AUGACAUUGUUGCGGGUAGAAGAAUGCCGCGGAGAGCAGCCGUUCGCCUCUCACGCGUCUUCCCGACGGCCGAAGACGUUGCAGCGCCAAAUCGCCGAGGCACUUCGCACUGCCACACAAGCUAGCGUCUUGUUUCCGUGGAAUCUCCGACUCUAUUCCCUCUUUCAGAUUGGACUUUCUGAAUCGCAUAUUCAAUCUAUCAUUAGUCGUCGACCCCAAUUACUGUUCUCCCGUGUGGAUAAAACCCUGAAGCCGAAAAUUGAGUACUUUCAGCUUCUAGGGUUUCAUGGUCCUGAGUUGGGUGAGCUUCUCUCAAAGAAUGGAAUUCUUUUGAGUUGUAGUUUGAAUAAAACUUUGGUGCCCUCUGUGAAAUGUGUAAGGCAGAUUGUGAAUAACGAGAAAGAUUUAAUUAAGGUGCUUCAAAGAUAUGCGGAGUGGAUAAUUCCAAGGCAACAAAGGGUUUUGGACAAUGCUGCUUUCUUCAAGAGUUGUGGGAUCGUUGGUUCUCAACUUUCAUUUUUAAUGACGAAAAACGCUCGCCUUUUUGCAAUGCGAGAAUCCCUGGUUAGAAACUAUGUUUCACGGACUGUAAACUUGGGUUUCUCCGUAAACUCGCGAAUGUUGGUACAUGGGCUCCGGACAAUUAGUAGUAUGAGCAUUGUCAAGUUUAACAGAAAGUUGGAAAUAAUUCAGAGCUGCGGGUUUUCCAGAGAUGAGGCCAUGCAAAUGUUUAGAAGAACUCCAGGGUACUUGGCAGAUCUGAGACGAGGCUAA